UUAGAAAAAAGUUGUCUCUGUCCAAAUAUUUAUGGACCUAACUGUAGGGUAGUUCAUAACGCACACUGUGAUAGACUUCAGUAUUUUUAAGGCCUAUUGUCUCUUUUCCCUUUAGAUAUGCUGUGUGUGUUUGAAUUAUUCAGUCAAUGAUCAAGUGUCUGUAAGAUACAAAAUGCGUAAUGUGGUGUCCUUAUGUAUCUAACAAACAACAAUCCUUUUUACAUGUCUGUCUGGAAGAUUGCUGUUUGAGUGCUUGCUCUACUACUAUACGGUUAUUUCAAAAAUAUGCUGGCUAGAUUAGACUCAACUAGACUAGUUUAGACUAGAUUCCCAGGCACCUUGGUUGCCAUAGUAACAAUGGUGACAUCAUAAUACUGCUAAAGCCCAAACACCUGGGUUGCCAUAGUAACAAUUAUGACAUCACUUACUGUUAAACACAAACACCUGGGUUGCCGUGGCAACCAUUGUGACCUCACAAUGGUUGCCAUGGCAACCAUUGUGACCUCACCAUACUGUUAACUCAAAACACCUGGGUUGCCAUGGUAACAGCUGUGAGAAACCCAAGUGUAGCCAACUCAGAGAUCAUUUCAUCUGAGACUACUGGCACAGAUAGUUACCUCCUAACUACUCUGUACAUAGUCUAUUCAUAUUCAUUGGAUCUUCAUCUGAUCAACACCAUCAGUUGACAAGAUGGAGGUCUCCAAGUCUAGAACAUUUUUCAAAACUAUUACAAAACCAUUUCGGAUGAUAGGGAAGUUAUUCAGAAAAAAAUCUAAGAAACCAAAGGAUUUAGAAGAAACUGAAAAAUACGAACCAGUUAUAGAAGAAACUCAUGAAACUCAUGAAGAUGCUGAGAUUGUAGCGGAAGAAGGAAGAGCUGUAGUGAGUGAAAUUGCUAGUGUUCCUAAGCAGCAAACACAACAGCAAACCAACCAGCCAAUUUACAUACCCACGCAAGUGGAGAAGAAAGAAAAUGCUCAAGAAUUUAAGAUUCAGGUUCGUAUAAUAGAAGGACGUCGGCUGACUGGAAACAAUAUCAAGCCAGUUGUAAAGGUUAAAAUUGGACACCACACUCAACAUACAAGAAUAUCGUCUGGCAAUAAUCCUCCUUAUAAUCAGAUGCUGACUUAUGACAUGCGCCGAUCACUUUCAGAUCUGCGUAUGGAGCCUAUAACCAUUCAGGCACUUAAGUCUCGUACGUUUAGAGCAGAAAGCCUGAUUGGUGAAUUUAAGAUUGAUGCUGGAUUCAUAUAUGAUGAACCAGGUCACGCCAUUAUGAGAAAAUGGGUUGUCCUGAGUAAUCCUAAAGAUACAGGCUUAUCAAUAAGAGGCUAUCUAAAGAUAAGCCUCUAUAUUCUUGGAAGAGGAGAUCAGCCACCGACUGAAACUACAGGACACCAUGAAGAUGAUGAUGUGGAAAACAAUCUUCUGUUAACAAGUGGGGUAGCUCGGCAGACUGUAACGUCUGUUGUUAAAAUCUACAGAGCUAAUGAUAUUCCCCAGAUGGAUGAUGCUUUUUUGAGAAGCAUGAAGGGACUCUUCAGGUCAAAUGUUGACAAGAAGAAUUUAGCUGAUCCCUUUAUUGAAGUUGCAUUUGCUGGGGAGAAGGUACAGACGAAAAUAAUUAGGGACAGUUGCAGUCCCAUAUGGAAUCAAGCCAUCACUCUGCCUAUGAAGAUUCCAUCAAUGUGCGACAAUGUUAGGCUUAGAGUGUAUGACUGGGACAGAGCAAACAAGAACGACAUAGUGGGAACAGCCAACUUGGCCCUGUCCAAACUUUAUUUACCAGCUACUGGUUUAGAAGGAACUAGGUUAAAUGAAGGCUUUUUACCCACCUUUGGACCAAGCUAUAUAAACCUGUAUGGAAGUCCAAGGGAGUUCAAACGCUAUGCCAACCACUAUGAUGAACUGAAUUAUGGAAAGGGAGAAGGUAUCGCUUAUCGAGGAAGAAUCUUAGUGGAACUUACUUCUCAGUUGGAUGACUCCGCAAAGAAGAUUGAAGACAUCUCUCAGCAGGAUGUUCUUACUGUAGAGAAAUACCAGUUCAAGCGGAAAUACAGCCUGUGCGCAGUAUUCCAUUCCGCUACUAUGCUGCAAGAUGCCACGGAAGCCAUACAGUUUGAAGUGAGCAUUGGCAAUUAUGGCAACAAAUUUGACAGCACAUGUAAGGCACUGCCAUCAACAACACAAUAUAGACAACCUCUAUUUGAUGGCAACUUCUACCAUUACCUACCAUGGUAUGCCUCAAAACCUGUAGUGGCGAUAACACCUUAUUGGGAAGAUAUAAGCCACCGUCUGGACGCAGUGAAUAUUCUUACUGCACUGACAGAUCGACUGCAAACUGGCUUAUCUUCCUUGAAAUUGGCCCUACAAACAACUCAGAAGACAGAAGUGGUUUCAAUAUGGCAGAGUUUAUUAGACCAGCUUAUUGAAGAUACUAGGAAACCACUGCCUUCUAUGGAAGGAAAGAUUAAUUUUAAUGAGUUAGAUGUGCAUCGGCAAAAACUUCGCAUGUCUGCCCUAACCCACAUCAGGGAAGCAGCUACUAGAAUAAGAAGGGAAGUAACUGAUGUAAAGUCAGCUCUACCUAUGAUUGAGGAAUGGAUAGACAGAUUGCAACAGCUGUCUGAAGAGCCACAAAACAGUAUGCCAGACAUCAUCAUCUGGAUGAUAAAGGCAGAAAAGAGAGUGGCAUACACCCGUAUCCCUGCCCAUCAGAUCCUCUUCUCCAAGACUGGUGAAGAGGCAUGUGGCAAAUUCUGUGGAAAGAUACAAUCAAUAUUUCUUAAGUUCCCUCUGGACAAGGGCGAAGGCAGGCAUGUUCCAGUUCAGUUGCGUGUGAGCCUCUGGCUGGGAUUGUCUGAAGCAGAGAAUGAAUGUAACAAAUCCAUGCAAGGGACUUUUAGUGUUCAUGCAGAAAUGUAUGAAAAUCAGUCACGGUUAUCAGGUAAAUGGAGCUCCAUGUUCCUGCUAAACCACCACAAAUUCUCUGAUGCCACCGGCACAGUGAAGCUAAAAAAGAAAAGCUUUGUGGUUCCCGAAGGCUGGAAAUGGGAAAGCGAUUGGCAGGUCGACAAUGAAAGGAGCUUACCACAUGAAGAUUAUAACGGGCACCAAGAAAUUACGGAUGAAGUGUUUGAGCAUGAGAAGCGGCUUUCAAAUGGAAAAUGGCAAAUGCCAAAAGAAGCAUACACUAAUGCUACUGGUGAAAUAUUAUCUUCACCAGAUAAGAUUGACUGCCCUCAUGGAUGGAUGUGGGAUGAUGAUACGUGGAAAUGUGAAGUUAACCGGGCUGUGGAUGAAAAUGGUUGGGAAUAUGGAAUGGCUUCCUCUCCCAAUAACCAGCCACAGCACUGGGUUUCCUCAGAGAAGACAUAUCAUACCCACCGACGCCGAAGACUGGUGCGCAGGAGAUCUAAAGUCUCUACUCCCAAAGAGGAAGUUAUGCCUCCAAAGAAGGACAAAGGAUGGGAGUAUGCUGCAGUGUCAGGGUGGCGAUUUCAUAGGAACAAAUGUAGCACUGACACUUUCCGUCGAAGGCGCUGGAUAAGAAAUUUGGUCUCUUGUGGUGAAGCAUCUUCCAUAUUUAACCUGGAAGGCAAUCUGUGCAUGGAAAUGAACAGAAAAAAAGACCAAAUAGACAAGCCAAGAGACUUUUACAGGGAGCAUGUUCCGUUUGUUUCCUGUACAUAUGACAAAGCUUACACGUACCAUCUUAGAUGUUACCUGUAUCAGGCUCGUGGUCUCACGCCAAUGGACAGAGACAGCUUUUCAGAUCCAUAUGCUCAUGUCUCUUUCCUUUACCAAAGCAAGAGGACAGAAAUAAUUAACUGUACCCUCAAUCCAACGUGGGACCAAACACUUGUCUUUAGUGACAUUGAAAUCUGUGGAGAGCCCCGUGAAACAGAACAGAAUCCCCCUAGCAUUGUUAUUGAACUAUAUGACAGGGACCCAGGGGGAGAAGACGAUUUCCUUGGCCGAAGCUUAUUUUUUCCAAUGGUGAAGCUGGACCCAAAUGUAAGUGACACGCCAAAACUUUUCUGGUGUCCAGUUACAAUGGGGAAAAGACACUGUGGUGACAUCCUUGUGGCCGCAGAACUUUUACUUCAAGAAAACGAUGGAUGCAUUAUCCCUGUUCUUCCAUCAGAGAGGGCACCAAAUAUUUAUAUGGUGCCAGAAGGAAUUCGGCCUGUGCUACAGCUAACUGGCGUUGAGAUACUUACUUGGGGCCUACGAAAUAUAAGUCAUUUGGAAUCUGUAAGAUCGGCAACUCUUAUUGUAGAAUGUGGUGGAGAAAUGGUUGAAGCUGCAAUAAGUGGAAUAUUGGGAAGGAAUCCAAACUUCCAGAGUGCAGUUCUCUCCAUGAAAGUGUAUUUACCACAAGAAGAAAUAUAUACUCCACCCAUUGUUAUAAAAGUUAUAGCCAACAAGCGUUUUGGAAGGAAAGAAGUUGUAGGGCAAUGUACUUUUGAGCAGCUGGAAGAAUUCCACUGUGAUCCCUACAGCAUGAAUCAAGACAAUCCUCCAGACCUUAGAGUUGCACCUAUCACUACAUGGCCCGAUGUUGUGAUAGACAUGGAAGGUGCAGAAGAAACUCUACUAGCUAUAGAGGAGGAAGAUGAUGUCGAUUGGUGGGCAAAGUACUUUGCCUCUAAAGGAGAACACGACAAGUCUGGCCUGUACAAUCAGAGGAAAUAUGAUACCUUAAAAGUGUACGACUGUGAGUUAGAGAGAGUCCCAGAGUUCCUCGGACUUACAGAUUUCUGUCAAACAUUCAAGCUAUACACAGGGAAGGCUACAUAUGAUGACGAGCCAACUGUUGCAGGAGAGUUUAAGGGAUCUUUCUGUAUGUACCGAAUCCCAGAGGAUCCAGAUGCCCCACUUCCUCCACAGCACUUCCGUGAGUUGCCUGAUAAUGGGCCUCAGGAGUGCAUUGUACGAGUAUACAUAGUGAGAGGCAUAGACCUGCAGCCAAAGGAUAACAAUGGAUUGUGUGAUCCCUAUAUAAAACUGACCUUGAAAAAGAAUGUGGUUACAGACCAGGAGAACUACGUACCCAACACAUUAAAUCCAGUGUUUGGAAGAAUGUACGAAUUGAGCUGUAUUAUACCACAAGACAAAGACCUGAAAAUCUCCGUUUACGACUAUGAUGCGCUAUCGGGAGAUGACAAAGUUGGUGAAACAAUCAUCGACCUUGAAAACAGGCUCCUUUCGCGAUUUAGAAGCCAUUGCGGAGUACCAGAAACCUACUGCAUAUCUGGAGUAAAUCAGUGGCGAGAUCAGCUGAAGCCAUCUGAAAUCCUACAGAACCUGGCCAGAUGUCGAGCAAUACCGCCUCCUGUCUAUGAAGAUGAAGGGAAAACACUGAUAUUUUCAGGGUCGCGGUAUACUUGGGCGAGUAUUGAAAAAGCUCAUGAAUUUCUUGGACCAGCAAGUGAAUGCCUUGCUCUACAAGCUCUUCGUAAUCAGGGAAUCGUUCCAGAACAUGUUGAGAAGAGGACAUUGUACAAUGCUUGCCAACCUGACAUUCCACAAGGAAGAGUGGAAAUGUGGGUGGAUAUUUUCCCAAGAAGCUUAGGACCUCCGGGACCUGCUGUCAAUAUCACCCCUCGCAAACCUAAACAAUAUGUUCUACGCGUGAUUGUCUGGAACACCAAAGAUGUCAUCCUUGAUGAUGUAAACAUCUUUGGAGAGAAAAUGAGCGACAUUUAUGUUAAAGGGUGGCUCCUUGGCAAGGAAGACGAUAAACAGAGAACAGAUGUACAUUACAGAUCUCUGGAUGGAGAAGGCAACUUUAACUGGCGAUUUGUCUUCCCAUUUGAUUACCUCCCAACAGAACAACAGUGCAUCAUUUCUAAAAAGGAACAUGUAUGGAGUCUCGAUGCAACAGAGAUAAAGCUGCCACCCAGACUUGUUGUUCAGAUAUGGGAUAAUGAUAAGUUUUCCAGAGAUGACUACAUAGGAUGCAUUGAGCUGGAUUUAAACAAUGUUAUUAUGCCAGCAACAGAACCAAACCAGUGUUCACUGAAGUUAAUGGACAAGCCACAGAUGGUUUCUUUGUUUAAAAAGAAAUCCAUGAAAGGAUGGUGGCCAUGCUAUAUAGCCGAUGAACAAUACAAUUUAACAGGCAAGGUUGAACUGACAUUAGAGGUCCUUACUGAAAAAGAAGCAGAGGAAAGACCAGCUGGAAAGGGGAGAGACCCCCCGAAUACAAAUCCAACUCUGAGUAAACCAAUCCGUCCAGAAACUUCAUAUCUUUGGUUCCAGAACAUAUUUAAAGCGCUUAAAUUUACUGGAUGGCGCAACAUCAGCAAAUUAUUCAAGCAUAGAGAGUUUGUGAUUGCUGCAGUCAUUGUGUUCUUUGUACUUUUCACUCUCUUCUUCUUGAGAUAUAUCAUGCCUCUGAUUCUCUAG